AUGAGCUUAGAGAAGAAAGAUCGCAUCACCUUACAGGACCCUGAAGCCAAGUACCCCCUGCCCUUGAUUGAAAAGGAGCAAAUCAGCCACAACACCCGAAGGUUCCGCUUCGGACUGCCCUCACCAGACCAUGUCUUGGGGCUCCCUGUAGGUAACUAUGUCCAUCUCUUGGCCCAAAUUAACAAUGAGUUGGUAAUUAGGGCUUACACUCCUGUCUCUAGUGACGAUGAUCAAGGUUUUGUGGACUUCAUUAUAAAGAUAUACUUCAAAAAUGUACACCCCAAGCAUCCUGAAGGGGGAAAGAUGACUCAGUACUUAGAGAACAUGAAAAUUGGGGACACCAUCCUUAUCCGAGGGCCAACAGGGCGCCUCUUCUACCACAAGCCAGGUCACCUUACAGUCAAAACAGACAAAACGAGUGAGCCUGAAAGAAAACAGGUUCAUCACCUGGGGAUGAUUGCUGGGGGCACAGGCAUCACACCCAUGCUGCAGCUCCUCCGCCACAUCACCAAGAACAGCAGUGAUGGGACCAGGAUGUCCCUCCUCUUUGCCAACCAGACCGAAGAGGAUAUCUUGCUGAGAAAGGAGCUGGAAGAAACCGCCAUGACUCACCCCGACCGGUUCAACCUGUGGUAUACCCUGGACAGGCCUCCCGAUGGCUGGAAGUACAGCUCGGGAUUUGUCACUGCUGACAUGAUCAAGGAGCACCUCCCUCCCCCUGGGGAGGCCACACUCAUCCUGGUGUGUGGUCCACCACGUAUGAUCCAGGAGAUGGCUCACCCUAGCCUGGAACAGCUCGGCUAUACCAAAGACAUGAUUUUUACCUAUUAA